UUCCUCUGCUUUUACGUAAUGCACUUUGCAUUAGAAAUCUGAUUGGAUCAAAAAGCUUGCAAGGUAAUUCUGCCGUCAUGUUGGUCACGCUCAAGACUCUGCAACAACAAACCUUCAAACUUGAAAUAGACGACUCGGCAACCGUUGCCGACUUGAAAGUGAAGAUCGAACAAGAGAAGGGAGCCGCAUUUCCAGCCAGUGGACAGCGCCUCAUAUACUCAGGAAAAAUUCUAAACGAUGACCAGCAACUUCAGAAUUGUAAUUUCAAAGAGGGUGCGUUCGUUGUGGUCAUGGUGACUAAGGGGAAAACCCAAGCUACAACGACAAGAUCUGCUGCUGCUGAGCAGCCCGUUGCAACUCCAACGGCAACAACACAGUCUUCAUCGUCACAAACGUCUGCGACAACCACUGCUACCACGGCAACGACUGAUCGGUCAGAACCGGCAGUUUCUGCCACAGAAACAAAUCCUCCUCAACAGGUCCAAUCCGAUAGCAGUCAGUCUACAGCGACAGGAACAUCAGCCACCACAGGUGAUACGAGUGAUCAAGGUGGAUCGGGUCUAGGUUUGAACUUCGAAGCAGCAGAAGCGACAUUAUUAACGGGCAAUGCGUAUGACCAGAUGGUCGAUCUGCUAAUGAAAAUGGGAUUCGAAAGACAAAUGGUAAUACGGGCGUUGCGUGCGAGCUUUAACAAUCCCGACAGAGCCGUUGAAUAUCUAACCACCGGGAUCCCAGAAAGUGUUGAGAGAGAGUUGGCUCCACAGCCACCGGCUGCACAUUUAGCAGGACAACAACCGGGUCAGCAGCCGCCGGUUUCAGGUGAGGGGCAGUCGGGUGGUGGCGUUCCAGUGGCGGCUCCGGUAGCACCACAAGGACAACAAGGAUCGGGCCAACAAGCCAGACAGCAGCAAGCAAGUUCAGCAGGCGAUCCACUAAGCGGUCUCCGUCAAAGCCCCCAAUUUCAGCAAUUGAGACAGGUCGUACUGCAAAACCCACACCUGUUACAGCCGCUCUUGCAGCAAAUUGGCCAGUCUAAUCCACAGUUACUUGAAGCAAUAACCAGUAAUCAACAGCAAUUUCUGCAAAUGUUGAAUGAACCAAUGAGUGGGGCUCCAAGUGGGGCUCCAAGUGGGGCUCCAAGUGGCCCCGGAAUGAUGCCUUUGGCAGCGGGAGGAUUUCCUGCCGGUACGCCGGUGCUGCAAAUUUCACAGCAAGAUAAAGAAGCUAUUGAUCGACUGAAACAACUCGGAUUUCCAGAGGAUUCAGUUGUUCAAGCGUACUUUGCCUGUGAUAAGAAUGAGAACUUGGCAGCUAACUUGCUAUUCCAGCAGGGCUACGAUGACGAACCUGAUCAGUAAACAAGGAAGUUAUCCCGAUUUGUGGCUUCCUUUCAGUGAGAGUAGGAUUGUGUUGUUCCAUACUGUAUCACUACUGACUCUUACCGAAUUCAUGUGAUUGUUUUAGCAGACGUUUGUGUAUUUUGAUUGGUACGUGUAGAAUAUAAAGUGGUGGAAAUGAUGGCAUCCUAUGUAA